UCAGUCAGCCACCGACCGUUGCUGCUCCUCUGUGCCCAUUGUUGUGUGUGAUAUAAUAAAAACACACCGUGCUUGCGAUUUACCCUAUGCUAUCAUAACUCCAAAAAAGCAUCAUGGCCUCAGAGUCAGACCCCCCAGCCGAACUCAAGUGGGCAGCGCAGUUCAAACUUGCGCGUCACACUCGAAACACGCAGCUUCCCGGCGACAAGCUUCUCCUGCCACCUUCCGCGUUAGAACAACUCCUUGCCGCAGCUCCCGUCGUAACCGUCGAUUCGAAUCGCCCCCACAUCACUGCUUUUGACCCGUUUAAUCCUUAUACCUUUGACGCUGAGCGGCAGUACCGAGCCCAGUUGCAGGAUCGCCACCAGCAGCUGCCGCACCCACUCACGUUUCGACUGGUGAACCCAGACAAUGGCAGGGUUAUAUAUGCAGGAAUACGCGAGUUCUCGGCAGAGGAGGGAGAAGUUGUCCUAAGCAGUUUCUUGAGGGAAGCUCUGGGCGUUGAAACACACUAUGCAGAGUCGUCAAGAAGAGGGAGCCCGAACGGCCACAAAGAUGAGGAUGACACUAUGACGAAUGGGGUAGAGCAGCCUGCGGUGAACGGCGUCGCCUCGAUCAACAUCACAGUACACGCUAAACAGCUCCCCAAAGGCACCUUCGUAAAAUUACGGCCUCUAGAGCCUGGCUACGACCCUGAGGACUGGAAGUCCCUACUCGAGGAACACUUGCGAUCCAACUUCACUACAUUGACACAAGGUGAGGUGCUGGUUGUAUACGGUGGUCGAGGGCUUGGUGGCAAGCGCGACGAGUUCCGCUUUCUAGUAGACGGUUUCAAACCAGAAGGCGACGGAAUAUGUGUGGUCGACACGGAUCUCGAAGUCGACAUAGAAGCGCUGAACGAAGAGCAGGCACGCGAGACUUUGAAGAGGAUAGCAGCAAAGAGGCAGCGGGCACCAGGCACAACAGAGGGUAGUUCAACUGGCGGCAUCAUCGAUAUCUUCCAGGCACAAGACGGGCAGGUGCUCGAGGGAGAUUAUGUCAACUACGAAUUACCAUCGUGGGACAGAUCACAAGGGCUAGAAAUAUCGCUAGACGAAGUCGACGAUGAUGACGAAGUCGACCUCUUCGUAAGCCCGUACUCAUCUAGACAACAGGUUCGGCCGCGAGAAGAUGAGCACGUCUUCGCUGAUGUAUCGAGUCGAUACCCAAAGCGCAUACGUUUACAGCCAACGAAUAUCGAACUUGAUGAAGCAGAUGCUGUGUGGAUAUCAGUCCAUGCCUACCCUUCAGCUUCUCCCUCCACAACACCAAAGCCGUUUCGCCUCAAGGUAUCGAUGUUCGACCCGAAGACCGAAGCUCAAACGGGUGAUGCCAGCACGGAAGCUACACACAAUCCCGACGAAGUCCAGUGUAAAAAUUGCACUCAAUGGGUCCCCAAAGGCUCCCUCUUCCUACACGAAAACUUCUGUCUAAGAAACAACAUCCUCUGCCCGCAAGGCUGUGGCCAAGUCUUCCAAAAACGCUCUCCAGCUUUUCAAGACCACUGGCACUGUCCGCAAGACACCUUCACCGGUAACACGCCCUUCAGCCGACAGAAGCACGACGCUAUCUACCACACCGAGCAAAGUUGCGUUUCCUGUGGUCUCGACUUCCCAUCAGUACCAACCUUGGCGCACCACAAGACUACCACGUGCCCGGGGAAGCUGAUCCUCUGUCGUUUCUGCCACUUGCAAGUCCCACAAGAAGGCGAUCCCAGCGAGCCUCCGAACCCCGAACUCCUCCUCUCCGGUCUGACACCCCACGAACUAGCCGACGGCGGCCGAACAACAGAAUGCCACCUCUGCAACAAGAUUGUCCGUUUUCGGGACAUGGACACACAUCUUCGACAUCACAAUCUCGAGCGCUUGUCCCGCCCUUCACCGCGCCUCUGCCGCAACUUGAACUGCGGUCGUACACAAGACGGCGCGAACAAGUUGGGCGACACGCGCUCCGGGACUCGGAAGGGCCAGGGCCCGGGCAAUGAGAUUGGAUUAUGCAGUGUCUGUUUUGGGCCCUUAUACGUAUCCCUGCACGAUCCAGAAGGCAAAGCGCUACGCCGCCGCAUCGAGCGCCGGUACCUUUCGCAACUCCUGACAGGUUGCGGGAAAGCCUGGUGCAGGAACGAGUACUGUCGCAGCGGACGCAAGAAUCUUGGUCAGGCUGAUAAGAGCAUGCCCACAAAAGACGCAAUCCCGCUUGUGAAGCAGUUCUUGGAAGGGAUGGAUGGCAGGGGGUACAGUACGCCGCUGCACUUUUGCGUCGAUGAGCGCAGUCAAAAAAGUAGGACGUUAGCGGAGAUGCUGGGUGCUGAGAAGGGGAUUGAGGGGAAGGGUGGCUUUGGGUUAGAGUGGUGCGUUGCUGCGCUCGAGGCUGAGGGAGGAGACUUGGACAGAGCAAGGAAUUGGCUCAAAGGGUGGGCUCCUCAGCGGAGCGAAGCUGGUCAUUGAGAAGCAUUCAUGAAAAUGUUUUGAGGCAUCGCACUAGCAAGCAUGGCGUUAUGGAGGAAAGUAGUUCAUAUAGACUUGAGAGAUACCCCGAGAUGAUGAGAGCAACAAUCUGAGUAUAAUGAUUGCAUAUGUACCAUAAAGUCCCAUACAUAGCCGUCAGAGGCACAUAUGCCUUACCAUUCCCAACAUUGCAG